GUAAUAGUUCGUUGUAUCAGCAUGGUUGGACUCAACAACAACUUACAAACAUUUGUGUUUUACCCAAAAACAAACCUCACUGAACUUGUACGCGCCACCUUCAAUGGCUCCCAAAUCAGUCAAAUUCCUCGACAAUUACGGGUAUGAUCUGAUUUUGGGAUUAGUAGCUGCAUUUUAUGUGUUUGCCAUACCUUAUACGAAAGUGGAAGAAAGCUUUAAUAUGCAGGCAAUGCAUGAUAUACUCUACAAUCGGCACCAUUUGGCUGAAUAUGAUCAUUUGGAGUUUCCUGGUGUCGUCCCGCGCACUUUUAUUGGUGCUUGGAUUGUGUCAAUUUUGGCUUCUCCUUUUGUGUCAGCCAUCAAUUUCCUGCACUUGCCCAAGAUAUGUAGUCUCUUUAUAGUCCGUUUGGUGUUAGGCGGCAUCAUACUGUCCACCUUACGUUUUUUCCGGCUUCAGAUCCGAAGCAAGUUUGGUCUCCAAGUAGAAGCUUUCUUUGCGAUAUUAACAGCUUUGCAGUUUCACUUGCUAUUCUACAGCACACGUCCUCUUCCAAACAUAUUGGCGUUGGGUUUAAUCAAUAUGGCGUAUGGUUAUUGGUUAAAGGGGAGCUGUUAUGCAGCAUUACAACUUCUGGUUUUUGCGACAUUGAUUUUCAGAUGUGAUGUGCUACUGUUAGCCUGCCCUAUCGGCCUUCAGCUUCUGUUGACCAGAUCAGUCUCGUUGUGGAAAGCAAUUAAAUGCUGUGUUGCGGCUGCUUUACUUUCCAUAGGUCUUACUGUUAUUGUUGAUUCAAUAAUGUGGAGACGGCUUGUAUGGCCAGAAUUUGAAGUUUUCUGGUUCAACUCUGUGUUAAAUCGGAGCUCUGAAUGGGGUGUCUCUCCAUUUCACUGGUAUUUUACUUCAGCGCUUCCCAGGUCACUACUUGCUGCAUAUCCACUUGUUAUGCUUGGUCUCUUACUUGAUAGGAGGACUUUGCAUUAUCUGCUCCCAAUUUUAUCUUUUGUAAUCAUGUAUUCCAAAUUACCUCACAAGGAAUUGCGCUUUAUAAUUAGCUCUCUUCCAGUUUUUAACCUGACCGCUGCAAUAUCAGCAAGCAGAAUAUACAAUAAUAGGAGGAAGAGCUUUUGGAGGUUGCUUUAUAUUGGAAUGCUUGGCCUAUUCUUAAUCAGUUUAGGGUGCACAAUAAUGUUUUUCAUGGCAUCAUACCACAAUUAUCCCAGUGGUCAUGCUCUAAGGAAGCUUCAUGAAACGGGUCAUUUGAACAGCACUGGUGAAAUUUUGACUCACAUAGACAUUUAUUCAGCAAUGAAUGGAAUUACCCGCUUCUGUGAAAGCGGUAAUCCGUGGAGGUACUCCAAAGAGGAGGAUAUCACUUCUGAAGAUUAUUAUCGCAGAAAUUUCACCUACCUUCUCAAUGAGAACUCCUACAUUGACGGAUAUCAAUGCUUGUUCGUUGUGGAUGGAUUUUUCAGGGUUACUCUUCGAAAGAGUUUUCCACCGGUUGUAUUGGUGAAAGAACCCAAGGUGUAUGUUCACGGAUCAAUGAGCAACGUGGAGAUUUUGGGCCGAAAAUUUCCAGGAUGUUAAAUUUCAAUGGGAUUCAUUCCAGGAAAUAAUCCUCUCUAGCUCCCGCGCUUUCCUAAGCAGUACACCGGCCUUAUGCUGCUUAUGAUAUCUUGAGAUGCACUACUGCUAGAGUUAUUUCCCCCGAGUAUAAUGACUCUAGUGAGACCAUUGUUAACUCAGUGUAAAUUCAUUUCGUUCUUGUUUUUUGUUGUCAAAUUUGAAAGUCACUUGGGAAAUGUGUCACCUUCACCAUAUUCGGAAACUCCUAAUGAAUCAAAGUAAUGGUGAAAUGUUGGAGAGCUUGUAUUGUGGGAGUAUUGGACUAGUUUAAGUCUACAAAGAGUUAUUUCGAAUGUUAAAGAUGAAUGUAAACGCAUGGGCCCUGUUUUGUCAAUCAUUAAUCAUAGAGUUUAGAGUAGCCAUUAGAAGUUUUAUCUUUUUGUUUAGCACAUUUGACUACAAAUUUGAUUAGUUGGUUAAAUAAACAUGUUUGGUAACACAUAAAGGUUUGUUAAAGUUGAUUGUUUUAUCGUGUCAAA